AUGCUCUUUACACUGUUGAUCACUAUGCUCCUCAACCCAUUCCGACCAUGUGAGGGUUCGCCAACCUUCCAAGAGGAGUAUCGCGGCAACUAUACGCCAACCUUUGUCGACGCGUGGAGCGGCCCCCAGAUCGUAGCGCCAAAUACUCCAUACGUGGCAGCGGUGGGCCGAAACCAGUUGUACUUUCUCGAUACCCGAUUUGAUCCCGAGAUUGCAAAGCACAUUAAGGAACAAAUCGAGAGGGCGACUAUAGUAGGCCCGGAAGACGUCAUCGACAUCGACGAGAUUUCGGCUACAGCAAAAGUCAGAAAUGCUGUGACCAACGAAACACUCUUCGUCUUUGACCCCCCCUACGCUAGGGUGCUAUUUGCAAGAGGAAUCAACAAGCGCAACCCCGACCUCAAACUGCCCGAGCAUGAGCCCGCCGGCGAUUGGCUGGUGACCUACGACAUUGGCAAUAGUUUGACGAAGAGGGCCGAUUCCUGCUAUGAUUACGGCUGCAGCACCCCCGCAGACUGCAGACGGCAGACAAAUGGCAACUGCGACGUCUGUCACAACUAUAGGGUUGACAACGAGUGUGACCGAGCAUUGACCAAUGCCAUCGGUGUGUGCCGCCCACUCUGCAGUAAAGCGGUCGACGUACCAAAGGAAGACGGAGAGGAGGACACCAGCUACUAUCAACGGAUGGACAACUUGCACUGGAAGUAG